GUUCGUAUGCUAUGAUUAGUUUAUUUGUGCCUUGAAUAGGACAGCCUGUGUUCGGUCGCAUUGUACAGAACGCGAUUAUUAUCGACAUCUGUCAAAUCUUCAAUUCUACUUGUUUUGUGAUAGAGAUGGUGGAUUCUUAAUUAAUUUGCUGUGCCGGUGCAAAUUCACUCAGUGUUCAGUUAAACUAAGCUUUAUAAUGGUUGGAAUUUGUGAUUUUGUGUUUUGUGUAUAGCAGGCUCGUAGCCAAAGUGGCGUUUGUGGAUUCAGGAUCACACACUUGCUUAUUUGGAUUAAAAAUAUUCUCAAAACCCGGUCGCCAUGUUCAACUUCAUGAAGAAGUCGACCGUCCUCGCCGGCGACACGGGGGGCUGCGAGGAGCGGGACGGGGAGAAAGAGAGACGGAAGAAGGAGAAGAAAGAGAGGAAAGAACGGGAGAAGCGGGAGAGGAUAGCAGCGGGGCUGGAGGAGCCGUUGAGGCUUGAAGAGGUCCGACGCUCACUCAAACUGCGAGGCAGACGCAAAGAAAAAGAGAAACUCCCCUCCGGCAUCACAGCUGACUACACCGCUUCAUUAUUCGCGCAUCUCGAGCAAGACUCCAAUUACUCUAACUACCCGCUAAUACCCACCUCCGGAUCCAACUCCAAUCUCAGCGACGAAAAUAACCAUCUUUCUCCCGGAUACCCCACCACGCAUGUUUGGAAUAGAAAGGAAGGCGUUCUUCAGUCGGAUAGCUCGGAAACAUCGCUGAAUUCACUAAACAACCCCAAUAAUGCUAACAGUAGCCCACGGCAGCCACAAGUACUACCUCCCAUUCCACCCAGACCACCAAAGCGUGGCAUACUUAAAGGGCCCCGACUUAGCAAUACUAGUUCCAAUUCCCAAGAAAGUAACAUACCAACUGUUGACACCGUCGAUUACAUCAACGGCCAAGAUUCCAAUGUACUAGCGCGUAACACGCAGCAAAACGAACUCAUUUCGUAUGGUAUACCGCCGUCUAAAAGCACCUCAUCGAGCGAUGAUAUGCAGCAAGUGCAGAACUUUACUAAAAAGGUCAUCCACAGUCCAGUUGAAAAUCAGAUUAAGAAUAAUUACAAGAAUGGUGGCAACCCUUCUAUCACCACUCAGGACAUGGAUGAGAUGCCAAAAACGAAUGGUAGCAGUUACUUAGGAGUGACAUCAACAUCUCCAAGCGCUGAUUCGUUGACUGACACAACUACUAAUUCAUCAUUCGCUACUCCACCCUUUUCUACAUCUCCUGUGGGCGAAUCUCAGGGCUUCCAUAGAUGGUCACGAACAAGCAAUUUCGAAGACGUUUAUCUGCCUUUACCAUCCCUAAAACCGCUGCAGCUUCCUAAACCAAGAUUGUUGACAAUCCAAAGGCAGAAAGCUCCAAGAAAUGAUUUCGGCUUUAGUCUUCGCCGCGCAGUGGUACAAGAGAGAAUUUUCAGCGGCGAUUGUAACGGCCAUGAGGAGAACGGAUUGACCAAUGGCGAAAACAAAUGCAACGGUAACAUUCCUAGUGCAGUUGCUAGCAAAGUUAUACAGAAAGCUGUGAUUCUCGCAGAGCCAGGGUCCUAUCCUGGGGCCAGUGAGUCAGGCUUACUGCCUGGUGAUAGACUUCUAGAAGUCAACGGGGUUAAUGUUGAAGGCAAGAGUCGCGAGGAAGUUAUAGACCUCAUCAAAAGCAGUCAAGAUUCUGUCACUAUUAAGGUGCAGCCGAUAGCUGAACUCUCGGAGCUGUCGCGAAGAAAGGCGGUGGACGGCGGUGGCGACGUCGAGCUCUCGGACAGCAACGUCCGCGGCGGCACGCUCAGCCGCUCGGGCAGUCGCCGCUUCACCAGCACCCAGGCAAAGUCAGAAGAGCAGUUAGCAUGCGAGAAGGAAUGGCUGAAAGCUGGUCAUAUGUGGCUCGCACACCGCGGCGGGUUCACGGCCGUAGUGCGAGAAUCAGACGCCGACGCGGGCCGUGCGAGAGUGAGGGUGCUGCAGACUGGGGAGGUGCUCACCGUCGACGAAGAUGAUUUGGAGAAGGCCAAUCCACCCCAGAUGGAGCGUUGCGAGGACAUAGCCUCACUCCGCUGCUUGAACGAGUGCGGCGCGCUGAACGUCCUACGGUCGCGUCACGCCGCCGGGCUGCCUCACGCGCGCGUCGGCCACGCGCUGCUCGUCCUCGGACCGCCUAAGCGCAGCUCCCCCAUAUAUACUGAGAAGGUGGCAGCGAUGUUCCGCGGCUGCCGCGCCGACGACAUGCCGCCGCACAUAUUCGCGGCCGCGCAGUCCGCGCACCGCUGCAUGCUAGCUUCGAGACGCGACCGAGCCAUUGUCUUCACGGGGAGAUCGGGAUCAGGCAAAACACUAGCUAUGAGACAUUGCAUCUGGUACCUGGCCAGCGCGUAUCCAGCUCAAGGGUCCAAGCUCACCCCGGAGCGACUGAGCGCCGCCAUGGAUGUACUGCAUAUGUUUGGAUCGUGUCGCACGGGCUCCAACCCGCAUGCGUCGCGCGUGGUGUCCCUGGUUUCCCUGGACUUCGAAGGUGGCGGCGCGCUAGUGUCGGCCUCUGUGCAGACCUUACUGCCAGACCUUCGGCCAGGCCGGUCCCGGCUCACCGCGUUGCAUACACUAUUCCACGGCUGCGACGGCCGCCUCCGCCGCGAGCUGCUCUUCGACCAGGCCCCCGUCAACGCUCCCAACCCCUUCCUCACGUCCAGCGAGAAAGCCGACGCACCAGCCGACUUCUCCGCUCUCAAGGAAGCCUUCCAGUUACUGGGGGUCACUGAGCAGGAGCAGAUGGCUGUGUGGAAGAUACUGGCUGCUAUCUGCCAUCUGGGGUGGGCUGGGGUGGUUAAAGCGAACUCCGGUUCCGGUAUGAAGUACCAGUUCGGCAACGCGGGCCUGGCGGCGCGCGUGCUCGGCGUCACGGCGGAGGAACUCACUCGGGCCGUGUUCGUCGCCACCGGCCCGUCGUCGCCGCAGCCCAACAACAACCUCAGGACUCCUUCGCCAUCCACUGAGAGAGAGAUUUCCGGCAGCGAGGCCCUCGACGCUUUCGUCACCGGCCUGUACAACGAGACCUUUAACAUCAUCGCUGCUCUUGUCAACAGGAGCAUAUCAACGUCAGCGCGGACGUCAGCAUCUCUGCUGCUUUUGGACGCGCCCGGUGCUGAUAACCCUAUGUCUUCAGGUCACCAGAGCGGUGCUCCACUCUCCAAACUACUCUCCAACUACCUACAGGAGCGUUUGCAAGCAGUCUUCCACGAAGCCAUGUUGGUGGCGCCACGAGAGCGCUACGCGCAGGAAGGCAUCACGCUAGACGACGGGGCCGAAGAAGAUUGGCUGUCAGAGACAGUGAACCCGGGGCCGAUGGUGGAACUGCUCGACAAGUCUCCGCAGAACUCCAUCGUGCGCAGCUCGCAGGCCGACCUGCGCGAGUGCGAUCGACGCGGCCUUUUAUGGCUUUUAGACGAAGAAUCCAUGUAUCCCGGCUCAUCCGACGACACGUUCUUAGAGCGGGUGAUGACGCACUACGGGCCGCCGAACCAAACUCAAUAUCUCAUCAAGAAGGCGCCGCACGCGCGCCAGUUCGUUUUGCAACACCUCCAGGGAACAAAUCCAGUCCUGUAUGACGUCACAGGCUGGGUGAAAGCGAGCAGGGAGAGCCCGGUGACAAAGAAAGCGCUCACUUUAUUGCAGGAAAGCCAAACCGAGGAGAUCGGUCGGCUUGCGGGCUGGGCGCGCGGCUCCGGCGGCGCGGGCGCGUGCGCGUGGGGCGCGGGCGCGGGCGACACGGCCACGCUGCGCCGCGCCUCCUCCAUCCGCCGCACGCUCACCGCUGGAACAGCGGGCAUGAAACGGCGCUCAACAGCAUUACAAGCCAAGUUCGUAGCGGACGGCAUUGUGGAUACAUUGCGUCGCUGCGGCGCUGGCGGUGUGCAGUUCGUCUGCUGCCUGCUUACCGCCCAGCCUAAUGACCAGACCGAUGAUGUCAAUGUGCCACUGCUGCGCUCGCAGUUCCGUGGGUUCCAGCUUCUGGACGCGGCGCGCCUCUACAAGCAGGGCUUCCCCGAACACAUGCCGCUCUCCGAGUUCGCUAGAAGGUACCGACUGCUUGCAACAUCAGAAAGCGAGUCAGAAGAAGCACCGCCAUCAUCACCUCUUUCGGAUCGUCAGAUUGUAGACGAUAUGCUACUAGCGCUGGACCUCGACGUGACCAGCUACCGGCUCGGGCUAACUCAGAUUAUGUUCCGCGGCGGCGUCGUCGGCGGGCUGGACGCGCGCCGCGACGCCGCGCUCGCGCGCGUGCUGGUCCGCCUGCAGGCGCGCGCGCGCGGGUUGCUCGCGCGCCGGCGCGCGCAGCGCCUGCGCACGCAGCACACGGCCGCGCGCUGCGUGCAGCGCAACGUGCGCGCGUUCCUCGCCGUGCGCGACUGGCCGUGGUGGCGGUUGCUCGUACGGGUUACCCCGCUGCUGGCUGUGCACAGGACCGAGCAUCGGCUUAAGCAGGCCCAGGAGGAGCUGGAGACCCUGCGAACUAAACUGGAUAAGGUGGAAACCGAACGCACCCAUUUCAAGAAUGAAAACGAAAGGCUCGAAACAAAGCUGUCGGAGGUGGGCGGCGACUUGGCGGAGGAGCGCGCGGCGGCGGCGCUCGCCACCGAGCGCGCCGACGCCGAGGCCGCCGAGCGGCUGCGCAUCGAGCGCGACAACCGCGACCUGCUGGCGAACAACCAGCGACUGCAGCAGGCAUCCGAACGUCUCGAGCUGGAGCUCCUGCACUGGCGUUCAGCCGACAACGGAGGCGCCGAGCCUUCCGACUCUGAGGGUUCAGAGGCGGACGCCACAGGCAAUGGCGACAAGUACAAGAGGAGAUACGAGCAAGCGCAUAGAGAGCUGCAGUUGCUGCGAGCGCAGCUGCGUCGGCAACAUGAGGACGACCUCGAGCAACUUGUCACGGUUAAGAAGCAACUCGAGAAGAAGGUGCAAGAUGCGUACGAGGAAGUGGAAGAACAGAGGGCGGUGGCGGCGCAGUGGAAGCGUAAGCUGCAGAAGCUGACCAACGACAUGGCCGACCUGAGGUCGCUGCUCGACGAACAGACCUGCCGCAACAACUUGCUCGAGAAGCGCCAGCGCAAGUUCGACGCCGAGCUGCACGGGGCACAAGAAGAGCUGAAGAGAGAACGAGCUGCCAAGGAGCGCCUCUCGCGCGAGCGCGACCUCGCGCACGCCGACAAGUACGCGCUGGAGCAGAGCCUCUCUGAAGCUCGGCUAGAACUCGAGCUGAAAGAAGAACGCCUGACGGCGGCGCAGCGCGAGUUGGAGGAGCGAGGCGGCGGCGGGGACGAGGUGGCGACUCUGCGGCGGACCAGGGCUGAGCUGGAACGAAGAGUUCGCGACCAGGAGGAGGAGUUAGACGACCUCGCGGGACAGAUACAGUUGCUGGAAAGUUCGAAGUUGCGUCUGGAAAUGUUGCUGGAGCAGCAACGCAAAGAGGCGCGCCUGGAGGCGGCCGCGCGCGAUGACGAGAUGGAGGAGACUCGUGCCAACGCGGCGAAGAAACUUAAGAUCCUGGAAUCCCAGCUGGAGAGCGAGCACUCGGAGCGCAGCCUGCUGCUGCGCGAGCGACACGAGCUGGAGCGGCGGCUCGCGGCGCUGGAGGAGAGCGCCCGCGCCGAGACCCUCGAGCAGACGCAGCUGGUGCAGCGGCUCAAGAGAGACCUAAAGCGGUACCGCGCGUUGCUCCGCGACGCCCAGACCAUGCUGGAACAAAAGGAAAAGGAGGGCGGAGCCAAGACACAGAUCAGACAGCUCAAAAACCAGGUGGAGGACCUGGAGCUAGCGGUCCGCGCGGCCACGAAGGCGAAACAGGCGGCCGAGGCGGAGGCGAGCGAGGCGACCGCCGCGCUGGAGGAGGCGAACCGCGCGCGCAACGAGGCGGCCGAGCGCGCGCUCACCGCCACCAGGGACGCGGCCACCGCGCGCGCCGCGCUCGACGACGCGGAGGAGGAGGCGGCUGAGUUGUUAAAGAAAUACCGCGGCAGCACGAGCGCGUUAUGCGCGGCGCAGGCUGAAGCGCGCGAGGCAGCCGCCAAAGCCGAGGCGGCCACCGAGGAGGCGAGGCAAGCGCGAGACAAGCUCGCCGAGCUCGCGCAACGCCUCGCCAGUGCCGAGGCAGGGCAUUCACAUACGCAACACGAGGCCGAGCGGCGACUGCAGCUAAGGAACAAGGAGCUGGAGUCGAGCUUAGAACUGGAAGCGACGGCACGCGCACGGUUAGAAGGCCAGCUGGCGCGGCUGCGCGACGCGCACGAGCAGCUCGCUAAUGAGCUGGCGCAGGCGCGUGCGCGCGAACAGCAGGCCGCCGACGACCAGCGCAAGCUGGCGAGGCAACUCAGAGAGCUAAAAGAAGAAAACUCGUCGCUAAACGCGAAGCUGAGCGAGGCGGGUCGCGCUAAAUGCGUGGCCGAGGCGGCGGCGGCGGCGGCGGCCGGCGAGGCGGCGGCGGCGCGCGACGAGGCGAGGCUCGCGGCGAGGCGGGCGCACGCGCUGCAGGAGGCCAUCGCCGGCGACCUGUCCAGCCCCGGCGACGACGCGCUCGAGGACAGUGACAACGACAGCUACAGUUCGGACGAGUCGAUCGGCACGUUCCUCGCGAACCACAAGUUGAGCCCAUCCGCGCCCUCCCGCAAUAGUAUGCAGCUCGACUCGCAGAAGUCGGCGACCCCAGAGGGCCGCGCGUCGCGCUCCAGCGCGGGCUCAGGCUCGAAGCCCCUGAGCCCCACGAAGGAGUCGUUCGCAUAACAGCCGCCCGCCGCCGCCGGCCUGCUCGGCGCGCUGCCCGCGCAGCUGCUCUGCGCGGUCUUCUGCGCCCGACCGCGGCGAACAGAACACACAUUGCUGGACUAGACACGUAAACUCACCGUCAGAUAUAUCGGAGCGGCCAAGGUGCUCACAAAUAUCUGAACACGCCUCUAUUGUCAAGGCGUUAGAGUCCGUGUUCAGAUAUUUUUGAGCACCUUAGCGGCACCGGUAUAUCUGAUGGCGAAUGUACACACACACGGUUGCAAUUGUCAAUGUUGAUGCUAAUGAUCCCACUUCUGAAAUCGCAGGAUAUAUCCCACUUCUGAUAUCGUCUUUAGAACAAUAGUGUUGAAGUGACACUUGAUACAGAAUAGUCCCACUCUGAUAUCUUAGAAGAAAAUAUUCCUCUUCUAAUGUUGCAGACUAUUCUAGCUCUACAUAUGCUAUUGCUCAUAUAAAAUUGACGCCUAACAUCGAGCUUAUAAGAUAUGAUGCAGCAAGAGCGCCACUAAUCAAAUAGUUGACUGAUAGAGAAUGCCGUUUGGAAUUAAGUCAAAUAUAUACAAUUUUUAUAGCGUCGUCAGAUGAAUGAUCUAUGAAUAAAAUCAUUUACAAUUGCAAUUAAAUGUUAAGUGUCCGUGUCCAAUAUAGUGAACCGUUACCGUGGCGUGAAAAGACAAUGAGUUUAAAAUAUAUUAGUGUCGAAUUGAAUAAAGUAUUAUUAACAGUGCUUGGAAUUACAGUAUCAAUAAUUAGACUGCUCAACUUUAUAAACUUUUUCAAAAUCUUUUAUAUGAGCUUUUAUAUAGACAAUAGCCUAAAUGAAUUUGUAUCUUUAACACGUUUUGAUAUUGAUUAUGAUUAGAAACACUAUUUAUACAGUUGCGUACGUGUUGUGUACCCGAGAAGAUGACGAAAAUGAAAAUGAAUGCAUUCCAGAAUAUUUAUUAUCUUUAGGGCGCAUUUAGACAAUGCGUGAACUCGCAUGCGAGUUUCAUUACAUUGCGGGUUUUGAUCGGUCGGUUGAAGUGGACGUAACCAACAGUCCGCAAUGUACCUAAAUCGCAUAUGAGUUCGCGCGCCGUCUAAAUCAGCCCUUAUUCUUCUUGGUACGCCGCGCACUGCCCGCUUUUUCUCCGUAGCCACACUGUUCUUCGACCCUAUAUUAUAAGUCUGUCAAGCCAUUUCCGUCAGUCGAAAAAAGCGGCAAAUUAAAAAAGGCACGUAGGAUUAUCGUCCCAUAGACAAUUUGAAUUUCGCGCCUUUUUCUACUGACAACUGACAGACUAUUUAUGUAAUAUGACGUAGAGUUUUCCAUAGAGCAUUUUGUCUAUGAUUAAUGUUGUUAGCUGCGUGCGACCAGCCAGUAUUUAGAGGAGUCGUCGAGGCGAGAUCUUACAAAGUAAUGUUAGGUUCUUUGUUAUUUAGUUAGCUAACUUUUGUAAAUAACUAGAUGGCAUAAACAUUUUAUUAUUUAAUUUGUAAUAUUUGUGUGAUCAGACUGUUAUUCUAUGAUUUAUUUGUUACAAGCGAGUUGUUACUUUAUGAACAAUCAAACAUAUCUGUUAGGUAAAUAGAUUUUUUAUUUAUCCUUUUUGACUGGUUUGUUUUACUUAUAAUUUUAAAUGAAUUAAAUCUAGUGAAUGUAUCCAUUAUAAAUCGUUAUAUAUUCCUCAUAAUAAUUAUAAUUAUUAUACUCCAUUACUUCUAAAAACUUCAUUCUAUUUAUACCUAUGUAGCUAUGUGUCUGUAACCAUGAUAUGUGUAAAGUAUGAUAUGUGAUGAAAUGUUACUGCAUUCAAUACUGGUUGUAAAGUGAAACUAUUUAAAAUAAAGUAACAGAAAUAAAUUA